AGCAAAGAUUUAUACACAAUUGAAUAAGAAAAAGAGUGAACUUAACAUCACUAAGGUUUUGGAAGAAGACAGUGGAAAAUAUUAUUGUGAAGGACGUAACGAGCUUGGGUUUGUGGACCGCCACUUCGUAGAAAUAACUGUCAAAGUCUCUCCCCAGAUGAAGACGCAUCCGAUAGACCAAUCUGCUUUUGAAGGAUACCCUGUAAACUUUAGUUGCUUAGCCUCAGGUUAUCCAACACCAACUUUUUUCUGGGAUUUUAACAAUGGUGACCUGCCAGCUGGUAGCAGUCAGACCGGUCAAGAAGGAGAAUCAACCCUGGAAUUGCCACGUGUCACAAAAGAGAUGAAAGGGAAUUACAGCUGUACAGCUAAAAACAUAAUAAAUACAGCAAGUUCCUCAGCAACACUGGAUGUUUACGAACUUCCAAAAAUUAUUCCAAAACAGCCAGCUCCCAUAAUAGAAGGAGGAACACUUCAAUUGACUUGCCUAUUCCAGAACUCAGAAGCUACAAUCUGGAAAAAAAACGGAGUGGAAAAAAUUCAAAGAGCAAAACUCGAUACUAAAGAUGGGAAGAAAGUUAUUACCAUAUCAGAUGUUGAAAUUGAUGACAGCGGUCAAUAUUCCUGUGAAGCGUCCAGCGACGCUGGGAGUAGAUCCACUGAUGUGAUGGUAAAAAUAAUGGCAGCUCCUCUAGAGUGGUACUACAUCGGUGGACCUGUGGCUGCUGUCAUUUUACUGCUGUCUCUUUUUGCAUACUUUAAAAAACGCCGUGCGACAGCCUUACAUCAAGUGUCAGCUAUGCAGAAUACAGAGCAAGAUGAAGUUGAGAUGGGUCAACUGAUCGCAAGCGCUGAUGGAUGGGAGAUUGCAGUUGACCGCCUGAACUUUCGUGAGCCCAUAGGCAGAGGAGCAUUUGGUUCAGUGUGGCGAGCGCUACUGGGUCGGUCCCAUGGCAGACGUGGAAAUUGUACAGUUGCUGCUAAGUGCUACCUACCAAUCUCUGGAGAGGAAGGAAGGAAGGCCCUGCUGAGAGAGAUCGAGUUAUUGAAACUCUUUGGAAGGAUGGGCCAUGAGAAUGUUGUUAAGUUCAUUGGCUGUGUUACAGUUGGAGCUCAGCCAAUACUUAUCAUGGAGUAUCUGUGGCGAGGUGACUUGUUGGGUUAUCUGAGAAAAUCAAGGGGGGUUUUCGACCACUAUCAUCGUGGGGUCGGUAGGGUCGACCACUUGACAACAUAUGACAUGGUGCUCUUUGCCAAACAAAUCGCAAAUGGUAUGACUUUUCUCGCGUCGAGAGGGAUAAUUCAUCGCGAUCUUGCAGCUCGCAACAUCCUCCUCGACGAGCAUCGUGUCUGCAAGUUGACUGAUUUUGGGCUCUCUUACCAGGAUUUCAAAUACGGUACAGGAAAUGCCAAGAGGGGAUGUAUCCCAGUCAAAUGGAGUGCACCCGAGAUUCUCAUUGGCCAUGUGGAACGGCUGUCAACCAAAAGUGAUGUGUGGUCUUAUGGCAUAGUCCUGUUUGAAAUCUUCACAAUCGGAGGUAUUCCAUACGAAGGAUGGUCUGAAACCACGACAAUAAGAAAAAUCUAUCAAGGUUAUCGUUUGCCAAGGCCUGAACAUAUCGACAACAGUUUGUAA